UAUGUUAUCUAACCGUGUACUAUUACUGCAGUUGUCCAAUACACGUGCCAAAAGUAAUUUUGGUAACAGUUUGUCACGGCAAAGCAAAAUUUUUUCCAAACUUUUUGGAAAUCGCAUAGCCGGCAGCAAAAAGCGUUGGUAUCCCAGCACUGAUGUUAAUAACAGCGGAUCCACUGGUUUCCAGCCGCCCAGCGUAGUCUUCCAAGCCUCACAAUUCGGCAAAAGCGGUCGUAAUAAUGCUUCCGGUCCGAAGCAAAACACUCGUCGCAUGUCGGUCCUGAAUAAGCUAUUCAUGGCACAUAUUACAGAUCUGUUAGCCACAGGAGAGGCGGCGGAUAUUAUAGUUGGCCGUGGCCUACAGAUAUCACUAGUUAAAACAUCACCUGAUUUUUCCUGUGUCAAUGUGUACUGGAUAGGCAGCGGCAAUUUACAAGAGGACGCAGCCCUUGAGACGGAUUUGCAACGUUGCAGUGGAAUGCUGCGACACGAGCUUUCCCAGCUAAGGCUAAUGGGAGAGGUGCCGCGUAUUAAAUUCUUGCGCGACAAAAGUAAAACCAAGCUCCAUUCUUUGGAGCUUAUAUUGCAGUCUGAAAAAGAGAAGGGCGAAGUAGUGGAGCCAUUGCAAAGCUUUGAUGUGACACAAACGGCUCGAUACGAGUUCUAUGGGAAUUCGGCAACCUGCCCAGUGCCUAAUGAAAGUGGAGAUGCUCUGUAUACUUUGCCUGAAAUGCGUCAUGAUGUUCUGGGCCUUGACCAUAGGCUAAUAAUGAGCAAAGUUUUAAGAAAAAUGAUGAAAUCUAAGCAGGCAUGGGAUCGGUCUCAACUUCAGCAAGACAGGGAGAGAUCGCGGAAUGAUAAUUCCGUCGAGAAGCUGCCGCUCUUGGUUGAGUCAGAGCGAUAGCUCAAAUACUUUGCUGAAUAAUAGGCAUACGAGCAAAUACCUAUUGGAAACUCCAAGCUUAAACAAAACGCUUAAAUGUUGUUGACGGAGAGGAACAUUUUAGAAUAUAUAAGUAGGAUAACCCAAAACUUAAUCAUAAUGUAAAUAGAAUAAAUAAAAACAAACAUAUUAA